CGCCGGGGCCCCGGCCGGGCAGAGCCGAGCGGCGGCGGCGGCGGCUUCCCCUUCCUCUCGCAGCAGAGCCCGGGAGCAGCUCGGGGACCUGCCCCCCAAAGCUCGGGAAACCUUGUUUACCGCCCGGGAGCGGCGCCGGCCGAGCCUUUGUCUGGCUGGGGAGCAGCAUCUCGGCUCGUGGUGACACUAGCGUGGGGCGCGCCGGCCGGGCUCGGCUCUGCCUCCCCAGGCGGCUCGAGCGGGUGACUUCUGUGCGUUUCCUUGCAAUUUUUGGGAAACCUCCGCCCUCCUCGCUCGCCCGCUAUCGGGCAUGUCCUGAUCUGGCCGAGCCGUCUCCUCGCGCCCCGACUUGGCUGCGCCGCGUUCGGAGAGGACCCGGGUCGCCGAGGAAGGAGGCGGGGAGCCGUGAGCGCCGGGACCCAGACCCUGCCAUGCUCCGGGGCGCGGAGGAGGAAGCCCGGAGCUGAGCGCUCGCCGCCGCCGCCGCCGCCUCGCCCGCCGGUGCCGGGCGCCCCCCAGUCCCCCCCAGUUCGCGCCCCGGGGUCCGCGGCCAGCAGGACCAUGCUGCUUAAGGAGUACCGGAUCUGCAUGCCGCUCACCGUGGACGAGUACAGAAUUGGACAGCUCUACAUGAUCAGCAAGCACAGCCACGAGCAGAGCGACCGCGGAGAAGGGGUGGAGGUCGUCCAGAACGAGCCCUUCCAGGACCCGCACCACGGCAACGGGCAGUUCACCGAGAAGCGGGUGUACCUCAACAGCAAACUUCCUAGUUGGGCCAGAGCUGUUGUCCCCAAGAUAUUUUAUGUCACAGAGAAGGCGUGGAACUAUUAUCCCUAUACCAUCACAGAGUACACAUGCUCCUUCCUGCCGAAAUUCUCCAUUCACAUAGAAACCAAGUAUGAGGACAACAAGGGGAGCAACGACAGCAUUUUUGACAAUGAAGCCAAAGACCUGGAGAGAGAAGUUUGCUUUAUCGAUAUUGCCUGUGAUGAAAUUCCAGAACGCUACUACAAAGAAUCGGAGGAUCCUAAACACUUCAAGUCUGAGAAGACAGGCCGGGGACAGCUAAGGGAAGGCUGGAGAGAUAGUCAUCAGCCCAUCAUGUGUUCCUACAAGCUGGUGACGGUGAAGUUCGAGGUCUGGGGGCUUCAGACCAGAGUGGAACAAUUUGUACAUAAGGUGGUCCGAGACAUUCUGCUGAUUGGACAUAGACAGGCUUUUGCAUGGGUUGAUGAGUGGUAUGAUAUGACAAUGGAUGAUGUUCGGGAAUACGAGAAAAACAUGCAUGAACAAACCAACAUAAAAGUUUGCAAUCAGCAUUCCUCCACUGUGGAUGACGUAGACAGCCAGGCCCAAACAAGUACAUGACAAUGGAUGAAGUCCGAGAAUUCGAACGAGCCACUCAGGAAGCUACCAACAAGAAAAUCGGCGUUUUCCCACCGGCCAUUUCUAU